AUGAAGCGCAGUCGUUCGCCUGAGACGGAUCGACAAGACAAGUGGAAUGCAAAUAUCAACCAGGCUCGCGCUCACACCCGGCCGGGACUGUCAACCUUGACUGCCUCUGUAUCUCCACCUCGUUUAAGAAGGUUGGCAUCAAAUAUGGAUAGGCACUCAUCAAAUCCUCCUAGCAAUGGCCGUUCCAAUCUUUUAAGCCUCGCUGCUGUCGAAGCUGGUGAGGUUAAAGUUGAUGACCCUGAGGAGCUAUUCUCAGCGAGGCUCGCUGCAGCGGCGCUGCCACCAUCGACAUCUCCAGAAGGAGGUCGGCUGUCUAUCAAGGAUUGGAUCGACCUAUAUUCAAGGAAUCGGCAUGAAAAUGGCCACCAUUUCGUAAUCCAUCAGCACGACCAUCCCAUUGCUGGACCGCAUUAUGAUCUCAGGGUUCAAUUUUCUGAAUCUAGCUCCCUAAGUUGGGCAAUCAUGUAUGGGUUACCUGGAAAUCCGAAUAGCCGUAGACUGAACCGCAAUGCGACGGAGACUAGAGUACAUUGCUUAUGGAAUCACUUGAUCGAGACGGCAUCUCGUAACACGGGAAGCAUGAUUAUCUGGGAUACUGGCGAGUAUGAAGUGUUACCGUAUUAUGACACGGAGAACCCUAAUGAGACUGAUGAUUCGGCAUCGGACAUAUCCAAUAUUUCUGCUGAAAUGGCCUUCAAUGAGCAAUGUCCAUCUGAGAGCGAGAAACUCAGGGAGGCAUUCCGAAAUCGUAAAAUCCGCCUACGGUUGCACGGCACUCGUUUGCCGAAGAAUUACACUAUAUCACUUCGUCUCUCGACGCAAGACGACAAUGCUGCUAGGGCGAGGCUGAUCCCCCAAAAGCGUCGUCGCCGACGUCUAAAUACUAGCUUUGGGAAACGUACUCGCACGCCUUCCACGUCUCGGUCUCCAUCUCCUGAUGUGCCCCAUGAUCAACCGGUAGGCUUAGUCGCCAAUGACGAGGACGGCGGGGAGAAUAUACACGGAACUCACUCGGCCUCGGAGUCUGAGUCAGGGUCUACCGGCGACGCCCGUAUGCGUCUCACAAAUGCAUAUCCAGGAGCAGUCAAUUCUAUUGGCUCUAUCCAUCAGCGUCGUUGGUUCAUUACACUAGAUCGUACAAACAGUGGAUUCGUUCGUGAUGGCAAAAGCCAGGUCUGGAAAAGGAAGUCGGAAGCAUCCUCGGAUCAGGACGCGUUAGGCUUUGAACCAUUCUAUGUACGCGGACCUGAAUUUGAACGGAGUGUAGUAACGGGCCGAACUGGUAACGAUGUCCUCAGAGACGAGAAUGUCGAGGGCUUUACUCCUAGACGCGGCUGGAGACCUAUCCUGAAUUAG